AUGCCUCAGUACAGAAUUGAGGUGUCGCCCAACAACCGGGCUGUCUGCAAGGACACAGUUUGCAAGAAAGAAGGGGUCAAGAUCACGAAGGGCGAGAUUCGUGUCGGCACCUGGGUCGAGAUCCAGGAGCAUGGAAGCUGGUCCUGGAAGCACUGGGGCUGCUUGUCUGGAUUCCAAGUCGGGGGGUUCCAGGAAGUGUGCACCACUGAUGACGGGUCCUAUGACUUCAGCGCCAUUGAUGGCUACGAUGAGAUCAAGUGUGCCCCAAGUUUCCCCAUCCCCAAUGUGUUUGAUACCAGAUUGCCUGACAUCUUCUUUAGCGACCACCCUGAAGCACAGGCAAAGAUAAGGCAAGCCGUGGAACAGGGCCAUAUUGAUCCUAAGGAUUUCAAUGGGGAUCCUGAGAAAAACAAGCCAGGAGAGAAGGGAAUCCAUCUCACGGCGAAGCAAAAGGAGAAGAAGCUUGCUAAGGAGAAGAAGGACGAAGAGGACGAGGAGGAGGAAAAGCCCAAGGCCGCGAAGCAGAAGCGUGGUCGCAAGAAGGCCGAUGAUGACGAGGACGAAGAGCCAGCGCCCAAGAAGUCUAAGAAGUCAGAGCCAUCCAAGUCUGACAAGGCUGCUGGUGGCAAAGCCACUCCCAAGAAGUCUCGGGCUUCCAAGUCCGCACCCAAAGCCAAGGAUGAAAGUGAGGACGAGGGUGAGGACGAGCCUGUCCCCCAGAAGAAGGGCAGGGCCACGAAGGCCAAAGCUGCCCCAAAGAAGUCUCAGAAGGCUGCCGCUAAGGAAGAAGACCCCGAGACUGAGGAGGAGGAGGAAAACGAGCCUACUCCCCAGAAGAAGGGCAAGGCUACCAAGGCCAAGGCCGCGGCUAAACCUGCUCCCAAGAAGUCUCAAAAGGCUGCAGCCAAGGAAGAAUCUCCCGAGGCCGAGGAAGCUGAGGAGGAGGAAGAGAAACCAGCACCAAAGCCUAGGGGCAGAGGCAAGCGUGCGUCCGUGGCUGCUGCUGCUGAGCCGGAGCCAACUAAGGGGCGUCGCACUCGGCCCCGUAAGCAGUAA